AGACAUUAUGCCGCUUCCAGAGGACACAUUCCAAUUGGAAGACUACUCAUUUCCAAAGGUGCCGACAUCAACGCGAAAGAUAGAGCUUCACAACAUCCUUUACAUCGGGCAGCUACUACUGGUUCAGAAGCUUUUUUGAGAUUGUUAUUGAAUCCUCCUGAAGGAAGACCGAAGACGAGGUUGAACGGUGCGGACCGAGCAGGAAACACUCCACUGCAUCUCGCUAUGGAGUCUGGACAUGGAGCGGCAGCCGUCGCUCUCAUUGAAGCGGGUGCAGAUCGAGAACGAACAAAUGUGGAUGGUCAAGUUCCAGAGGAGAUCGAAGGUGUGGGAGAGACUGAGCAGAGACAAGUACGACAGUUUGUCGUUUCGAAAGUUGGGCCGAGAGAGUAG